AUGGUCACAUCAGAGUAUGUUAGGAACACUAUGAAGACAAUUUGCCAUCUGCACCACGAGUCAUUUCUCUGUGCAAUAAGUAUAGCAUCCACAGCAUCCGUCUCUAACCAAUCAAUUAUCCAAGCCCUCAAGGGAAACCCCAGCAUUUCAGUCAUUGAAGGUGUUCCAAAUGAAGAACUCCCGAGAAUUGCAGGAAGUUCCUCGACUUCAAAAUUAUGGGUCCAAAACAAUGUACUCAAUUAUGCCAAUGUAAAUUUCAGGUACAUAGCAGUUGGAAACGAAAUCAGUCCCAGUUCUAAUUUGGCACCACAUGAUGUCCCCUCCAUUUAA